AUGGACACUUCUACACAUCAAUCCAUCUUUCGCCGCAUCGCGUCAAGAGAGCUGAAUGGCUUUAGAGUUCGAAAACGGGCUUACAUGGAUGGGAUGACGUCUAACUUCAGCGAAAUUGGAGUAAUGGCUGUAGAGCACAGUGGCGGCGAGACUCCUCCUUUGGCUAUCUCAUUCUGCAAGACUGCCAAAAAUUCCCAUAUCCUUGCCUUGGCCGAUGAGGAUGGCUAUGUAAACCUGCUCAAUACUCGCCACAAAUUUUCUUCUUCCUCAUCAUACCAAGAAAAUGCAGAGAAAGCAAAGAUUUGCGACUGGGUUGCCCAUCAUAAUGCUGUUUUUGACGUCUGUUGGAUUAAGGAAGAUGCCCAGAUUCUCACAGCCUCCGGUGAUCAAACUAUGAAGUUAUGGGACGUACAAGAAAAGAAAUGCAUAGGAGUCUUGACGGGGCACCGGGGAAGUGUAAAAUCUAUGUGUUCACAUCCAACUAAUGCUGAUAUAGUUGUAUCUGGUUCAAGAGAUGGAUCCUUUCAUCUCUGGGAUUUGAGAUGUAGCUCAGCACCCAAAAGCAGGCGCGCGGAGCCCUGCAUAUGUUCAACGGCUGAAGUCAAAGGAGCACAUCUCUCAUCCCAAGCAAAACGAGUCAGGAGGGGCAAGGCUGCUUCCAUGAGCAUUACAUCAGUUCUUUAUCUGAAGGAUCAAGUUUCCAUAGCUACGGCUGGGGCGGCGGAUAGUGUUGUAAAGUUCUGGGAUACCAGAAACUUGAAGAGUUCUGUCACGCAGACAUGCCCUCGUCUCCAGGCAUCAGAAAAGGAAAGGUUACAUGGCAUAUCUAGCUUGUCCCAAGAUCAAAGUGGAGUAUUUCUUUCAGCUUCCUGCAUGGAUAACAGAAUAUACUUGUAUAACGUGCUUCAGCUUGAAAAGGGGCCUUUGAGAUCUUUCUCUGGGUGUCGAAUAGAGUCAUUUUUUGUGAAGUCAGAAAUUAGUCCCGAUGCAUCUCACAUUGUUAGUGGUUCAAGUGAUGGAAAUGCCUAUGUUUGGCAGGUCAACAAGCCUCAAGAGGAACCUGUUACUUUGAAGACUCAUGAUGGGGAAGUUACUGCUGUCGAUUGGAGCUACUCUGAGGAUGGUAAAUUGGCAACUUCCUCUGAUGAUUUCACAGUUCGGAUUUGGGAUCAUAAUAGUUGUUUCUCAAGCACAAAACCUCCAGCUUCCAUCCGGAGGAGAGUAAUGGCAAUGCCUAGCAGAGAAUGCAGAAAGCUGUUAAUGAAGGAUCAAGAGUGGAGUUCCAAAUCUCGUCUUGAUAAUGCUUUUCAUUGGAACAAACCAGCAGAUGAUAUCACCCGAGACAUGCCUAUCACACCACCUAAAGUGCAUAAAACCGAUGGCCAAAAGAAUCAAUUUUUAUCCAUGUCUGAAUCCGAUCUCACUGUAACAUCUGGAAAAACCCCUGAAUCGGCGUCGAAGAGCCCCUCAUCUGUUUUGAAUCCACCAUCCUCUAUAAAGAGAACUAUUAGAGAUUACUUUCUAGCAGCUUCAUGAAAAUUGCAGUCUUACUCUAACUCAUCCAGGAAGGAUUUUUUUUCAAUUUUGCCGGCUGACAUGAAGUCUGAAUGCUCAUGGCUUAUUUGGGCAAGGUUAUUCUACUUGAAAUGUAAAGCAUAUAAAAGAAUUGGACAAAGCAGACCGUGCUGAGUAUUUUUGUUGUACCAUUGUUUGGAGGACAAAAUGUGUAUAUAUGAAAGGUGAUUUAAUAGUUAACUGAUCAAGGCUGUA